AUGUCUCUUAGCUCUGAUGAAGACGACGAUAACCUCUCAGACGGCCUGUCUGUCAGUUCCUCCGGAGAAGACUCUCCCCCGCGACAACUGUCGCAAAACUUGUUCGCACCUCCAUUCUAUGGGCGGCCACCAACUCCUUUACCCCCUUCACCAUCACUCACAUCUCUCUUGCGCCCAUCGCGCCCAACAACACCAGACGCAUCCGACGAUGAUGCAAUUGCGCCUGUGCCUCGUGCCGCGCCAAAGGUGCCCACAUACGAGUACUACGGCUUUGUGCUGUACCUCUUCAGCAGCCUCACGUUUCUUUUCUACCUCCUCUGGGGAUAUCUCCCGUCGCCGUUCCUCCAAGCGCUAGGCAUCACCUACUAUCCUAACAGGUGGUGGGCACUAGCCAUACCGGCCUUCAUCGUGAUGACCGUGGUGUACAUCUACGUGGCGCUCGCGGCGUACAACACAGAGAUGCUGACGGUGCCGCUGUCGAGCGUGGAGACGGUCGUCGACGGCGCGGGCAAGCUGGCCGAGAUCGACGCCAAGGGUAGGCUAAGGGGGAGUAGGAACAGGGACCGCAAGAUCCGCGCGGACGGCAGCUUGCGAUGGAGGGAGAUUUGGAGCGAGGGGACGGAUGCCGUGAUGGAUAUCCCGCUGGCAGGGGUUUGUGAGGUGUUGUAUGGGGAGGGGCGGGACGACGGGGAGGAGGAGUAUGCAUACGUGGAUGAUGAUAUCUAG